AUGGUGGCUGAAUUGGCAUGGCUGAAAGGCUCUGCAUCCUACCAGUGCGGUCAAGUGGAGAUGCACGGGAAUACUACGGCAUCAGGAGAGAUGGGGAACCACUUGCUUUCCAAAACUCCACACCUGAGCAAGAUUUUGGCAAAGCCAACUGUUUGUAGCCCUGCGGUAUUUGCCAAACAUCCAGGACCUGGCCUCCUGUUAUGGGACAGACUGAUUCACCUUCCUGACAGGAAUCAGAAAUGGAAUGUAGCAGGCGCAGCGGAAAACCCUUUGUGUAGGAAAAGACACUCCAGAAAUUAUGAUAUCCACAGGAAUGGACAGCAGCUUUUGCAAUGUCAACAACAUGCUCCGACUUGGACUAGCACAAUUUUACAGCCAGGCCAUAGAAAAGCAAACUUUCAAAUCACAUCAAGAGCCCAAGAAUAUCAAAAAGAAGAAAAAAAGUGUAAAGGGUAUAUACCCAGUUACUUAGACAAGGAUGAGCUAUGUGUAGUAUGUGGGGACAAAGCCACCGGAUACCAUUAUCGCUGCAUCACUUGCGAAGGUUGCAAGGGUUUUUUUAGAAGAACCAUUCAGAAAAACCUCCAUCCAACCUAUUCCUGUAAAUAUGAAGGAAAAUGUGUGAUAGACAAAGUAACAAGAAAUCAGUGCCAGGAAUGUCGCUUCAAAAAAUGUAUCUUUGUUGGCAUGGCAACAGAUUUGGUGUUGGAUGACAACAAGCGGUUGGCAAAGAGGAAGCUGAUAGAAGAAAAUCGGGAGAAGAGACGUCGGGAAGAGCUGCAGAAAACCAUUGGGCACAAACCAGAGCCAACGGAUGAGGAAUGGGAACUCAUCAAAAUUGUUACAGAAGCCCAUGUGGCUACCAAUGCCCAAGGAAGCCACUGGAAGCAGAAAAGGAAAUUUCUGCCAGAAGAUAUUGGGCAGGCACCAAUAGUUAAUGCCCCAGAAGGUGGGAAAGUGGAUUUAGAAGCCUUCAGCCGGUUUACAAAAAUUAUCACACCAGCGAUUACAAGAGUGGUGGAUUUUGCCAAAAAGUUGCCUAUGUUUUGUGAGCUGCCAUGUGAAGACCAGAUCAUCCUUCUGAAAGGUUGCUGUAUGGAGAUCAUGUCCCUCCGAGCAGCAGUUCGCUAUGACCCCGAGAGUGAGACUUUAACACUAAAUGGGGAGAUGGCGGUGACAAGGGGCCAGCUGAAAAAUGGGGGUCUUGGCGUAGUGUCUGAUGCCAUUUUUGACCUGGGUAUGUCUCUCUCUUCAUUCAACCUGGAUGACACCGAGGUUGCACUUCUUCAGGCUGUUCUGCUCAUGUCAUCAGAUCGCCCAGGCCUUGUUUGUGUCGAGAGGAUAGAGAAGUGCCAAGAGGGUUUCCUCCUGGCGUUCGAACACUACAUUAAUUACAGAAAACACCACGUUGCACACUUUUGGCCAAAACUGCUGAUGAAAGUGACAGACCUGCGAAUGAUCGGAGCCUGCCAUGCCAGCCGCUUCCUGCACAUGAAGGUGGAGUGUCCCACAGAACUCUUCCCUCCAUUGUUCCUGGAAGUCUUUGAGGAUUAGAGACUGGAGUGGUUCCCCGCACCCCCCCGCCCCGUCGCACUACUGGCUGUCAUUUCAUCCCGCUGCCUGGCUCUUCUCACCUCUCUUUUUGUUCCUUUUGUUUGUUUGUUUUGGUUUUUUUUUCGUUCUCUUCUGUUUCUUGAGGUGGGGUUGGGGUUUGGUUUGGGUUUUCAUUUGGGGUUGCUGGGGGGCAGUUGUGUACACAUGGAUGAAGACGUCCCUUUAAAGCGGGUACUUGUGACUAUUGCAAUUUGUUCUUCAGUCCUUUGAUGUGAAUGCUUUGACAGCUUAGCAGUGAAAAUAUGAACAGACCAGCCUCAUACACCAGCACUUGCAUGGUCACCAGCUCACACACAUCAUUGCUUGGAAAAUAUGGGUGAGAAACUGAAGUGGCAGAAAAUAGAUUCGCCUCCAAGCAGAGUUAAAACAGCUAUUGUUAAUUCGACCCUGAUAAUUCUGUCUUAUUGCCUCAUUUUGCAGGGAGUAAGUGACCAUUUAAUGAGAUGGAAUUUCCAGUCUUCAUGGUUGUUUCGAUUCAAACAAUCAUGAUUUUGAUCUAGGAGUGUCCAUCGUCAUCACAUUUCCAUCAUUAUCUGAGGACUAUUUCAGCAGAGAGAGUUUAACUGUGCCCCAUAAUUCAAGUACUUAAAAUAAUGCAGCAUUAGAGGGACUGACUUUUUUUUUUCCAUGUGUAUAAGGAAGUAAGAGCCUUCAGUUCCUUCUGUAUUUGAACUCCAGGUAAUUUCACUGGAAGGUCUCUUGGAGUACGGAGGGGAAUUUGAAUCUCAGAUGUGCUUUUCUUGAGAGUGGAGAGGUCUGCUUUUUCUGAGAUGUGUAGAAAAGUCAGCACUGUGAAGGAGAAGGCUCUCUGACAGGAUAGCAGGCAUUCCUAGGAGUUAUUCAGGAAUGUGAAUGCUCACAGAAUGAGAACAAGGAGAACGAAACAUACAGAGUGACCUUCAAAUGGGACAGAAACCAACUGGGUUAUUAAUGACACUCACGUUUGUACAGCUUUAUCCCAGUAGUACAAAUAGUGUUGCUUGGCAGUAAUCCUUUGGUUUAUAUAUAUAUAUAUAUAAAGUUUAUAUGCACGUAGAUAUAUAUAAUUUUAUAUAUAUAUAAUUACAAAUCUUCAGCAGAUGUCUUAAACCUAUUUCCAUAUUUUUAUCUCUCUCUCUCUCCAUCUCUCACCCUCUCCUGUGCAUGUGUGUGUUUAUGUGUGUUGAUCAGCUAGGUUCUCUCUCUUUGGUGUCUGUAUGUGUUUCCUUUGCCUAGACUCAACCUGUAUUCCAUUAAUUUAUUUCCACUAACUCCACUAGCAGGAACUCACCUGAGCAAUGACAGGAUGUCCUGCUGCCAAAAUCUUCAAGCCAGUACUCAGAGUCCUGGAAUGUUUGGAGACCAGUGAUGAGGGUGUUAUAGGUUGAGGUUCCUCUCUGUCAUCCAUCUUCAUCCAAGGGUGUUGUCCCUGGGUUUUAUAGCCUUGAUAUACUUAAUCCAUUCUCUGAAUUUGUAUGGUGCAUCAAAAGCAUCUUGCUGUUCUUCCUGGGAACCAGAGAAUUCACGCAUUUCACACUUCUUCGUACCCCACAUUCUUUUGUGUUGUGCAUUCGGUUUCUUUCUCUGCUAUUUAUUGAUAUGUUUGCCUGGCAAGUCAGUGGGCAUUGUUAGAGUGGAUGUGUUAACUUUCAUAGCUCAUGGCCUGUCUAAACCCAUAUAUGUGUUUAUUCCCUCCUGAAAACAUGGUAUUCAGGAAAACUUGUAGGUGGAACACAGCAUGGAUGUGUCAGGGGUUAAAUUCUUUCCACCUCUCUUUCCCUACAUUAUUGAUAAAAUACUUGGAGUGCUAUUGGCUAUGUUUUCAGGGAUGUGGAAUUUUGUUCUCCUUGUUCUUUUAUGCACCUGCAAUGAGUUGUGAGCACUUAGGGAUUUUUACCCACAAUUUUGUGAGAAUAUAAAGCACAAUGUGGUGUUUAGGUUUUAUUUUGCAGGUAGCAAGGAAGACAGACAACUGGAAAUCUGUCCUUAAAUGUUUGCUGAAGUUGAAGAACAUCUGUUGUGGGCUGUGUUUGCUCCACCUCAGAGCAUAUGAGUUAACAACAUCAGUCUCUAUCCAAAUUUCUUCUAUAGCACUAGGUCUUGGGGGCAAAGAGUUAGAAACUUUCUAGUUUUAGGGAACAAGAAGCCAGACAAUGUGAUAAGCUUGCAUGUAAUCAUGCAAUAUCUCAGAUAAGGAGCAUCCAUAAACAGUGAAGAGUGCAAGAUACCUGGCUCAGCAGAGGCUUGAUAGGGAACUGAUAACAUAUGGGUAAAGAAAAACAACCAGCUAAUCCAUUACUUGCAUCUAUACCCAUGGUGACUUGAAAAGAGAAAAAAAAUGUGCAUGUCUUCAGGAAUUCAGUUCUGCUACAGAUCUGACCACGGAGUUCCUCCUGAAGCCAGACCAAGUAUCUCACCUGGCGGCUAAAUGUGAGCUUGACUUUGUGUAUAAGCUUUUCACUGGACUGUGGAUGAAACCCAGGAGAAAAAAAAACUUUUCUCCUAAUAUUAUUCACAAUGAUCUCACAACAAGGUCUGUGAUGCUUCAUGUAUUUUUCAGAGCUUUGGUUCCUGGAUUUGUGCUGCUGCUUGAGAGAUUCAGUUUCUCAAAAAGGUCAGCAAUUCUUGUCCUUUGGGCUAUAAAGAAAACCAGUAGUCUAAAUGUUAAUUAUUUAGGUGAGAAGUCAUUACCCAACAGUGACAAAGCUCAUAAUUACUGGGGCCCUCUCAACUGGCCUUUGAACACUUGGGAUUGUUAGGACUGCAUUAAUCAAAACAUAAAUAAAGAUCAGAGGUUAGAAAAAAAUAUGAGUUACAGGAUUGACUUGGGGAAGCAGCAAGAGAUGAAAGAACUUGAAAUGCCCUGGACAGAACUGCGGUUUGAGGCAGUACUGAGAAUUACAACUUUGCACAGUGGCUGCUGUAAAAAUCAUUGCUCAUACAGCAACUUCUCCCCAAGUCCUACCAUGGCAACUUACAAAGGUUUUAAAGACAUCACAUGAAUGGAUGUCUGGAUUUAGGCAUGUAAGCUGCCUUUAGCCAUCCCAGCUCCUGGCCUGACUUCCAGAGUUGCUGAUGCAGUUUGGAAUUGUAGUUAAUCAGAGUUCAGAAGAGUUCCUUCCUUUGGUGAUUGCAGAUGGACUGAAGUGCCUAAAAUCAGGCAACCAACUUUGACAGGUACGACAGUGCUUUAAGCAGACAGGACAUACACCAACAUACUUUUCUAGCCUUUUAGAUAAGUUGGAAUCUGGCAUCGAUUAACAGAGAGGGAUUAGUAGUAUUCCUCAAUUGAAAACUAAGACCAUGCUUUUAGUUUGACAGAUUUGAUGUAUUGACAUCUAAUGGCCCCUGAUCUCUGACCAGUCUUACUUUUUGUGACUUCGUUGACUCUCCGAGUACGACUCCUGAUUUGUAUGAUCAUGAGAGCAAAACUGGAGCACAUGAGAAUGCUCUUGCAGACUCUUACCAAUGGCUACUGACCUGAGCCCUGCAAAGACAUCCUGGCUUUUAAAUACCAGUGGUCUCAAGCCAUUGUGGCAUUGAGGCACUGGUUUGACCAUCUAAGUGGCAGACAUCACUGCUGCAGUCAGCACCCUUUGUAGAACUGAGCACUUGAGUGAAAUAACAAAGAUGCACUUUCCAGUGCAGUCCAGAGUCUUGUUUCUGAUGGUGCCAUGUAACUCUCAUGUUUGCUUUGUGGUCUUUGUGUCGGUCUUACAUAGAAGAUUCUUCCUGUCAAGCCUGAUUGUCACUUGGUCAUGGUUUUGCCCUGAGUAACAUGUGCAUUUAGAUAUUAAUUUCAUGUGUAAUCUCAGUUAAGUUAUGAUAUUUAUAAUGACAUAUAUAGUGUGUGAUAAUGAUUUUUUGUUUACAUUCUGCCAAAAUGUAGAUGUUAGAGUUAGACCUCCAAGGUCCAAAAUCAUCUUUGAGCAGACAGCCUGCUUCUUCAGAGGCAGGCAUUAGAAAGAAGAAAUAAAAACUGUCCAGAGAGACCAUUUCUCUCAGAAAUCUGCCAAGACAGGGCUGUUGAUCACAAGCAGAGCAUGUCAUUGCUAGUGAUGUAUUUUUAUGCUAUGGAACUCUAACCUGUAUGUGUCAUAUUGACUUCUUGCUGCAUGAAUCAUAAAUUAAAAAAAUCAAUCUUACGGUUUUGAGAUGUAGCCAGCAUUCCUAAGGCUAAACCUUUUUCAUUGACAGAAUUAAAAUCCACAACCAAGGAACAUAUUCCUCUCACUGUGAGAGCAACCGAAAGUGUUCAACAUUUAUCUUUUCACAAAGGAAGAGGCAACAGGACCUCUUAAUGUGUCUUGUUAUCGUGAUCAUCUGGAAAUGAUUGCCAGACGUUUCCUUUUGAUACAGCAAUGAAGUGAUUCGUAUUUAAAUUUUAUAGAGAGAAUUUUAUUCUAGUGUGAUAGAGAUUUAUUUUCCACUUAAAGUCUCAAAACGGUGUGAGCACAUUUUUUUUUACUAUGGUAUAUUUUUGCUUUAAAACUAAAGACAAAAAAAAAAAAAAAGGUUUGGCCUUAUCACAAAGUUUUAGUGUGUCGUAUAGAUGUUAGCAAAUGCAAAAAGUAUGCAUUAUUUGUGUGUAUCCACAUUGACUGAUGUCGCCUUCAAAAAGCAAUAUUGUGCAGGUAAUAAGAUGUUUGUGACUGUCCAUUGCACAGUUUACCUACUUUAAAAGCUAACCUUGUUUAUGCACAAGACAAUCAAAUGUAAAUCUACAUCAGCACCCGGGUGUAGAUUAAAUUUAUGUAAAUUACUGAGCACAAUGUAAAACAUUAAAAGACACUUUAUUUAAUUACACAUUUAAUGUUGGUAAAGAUAGUAUCAGGGCAUGAACUAGCUGGCAUACUGUAAUUUCUUUUUCUCUUUUCCUACUUCCUUAGCGCUCUUCAUUUUUCGUUUGCUCAUAAAUACAUCAAAUUAGUCAUUCAUAAUUUUUUUAAAGAGAAGGGUGGUUUGGAUUUUUUAUCUGUGUUUAUGAAGUUGGUUGGGAGGACUUCUUACUUUGUCUAUGAGGUUUGUGGGGUUUGCUUAUUUGGUUUUUGGGUUUGUUUUGUUUUUUGGUUUUUUUUUUUGUAUCAGUUUCAUGCCCUGAGGUAAGGCAAACAUUACACCCUAUGAUAAAAAACAAAGUCCCUUGGAUGAUGUAUUUUUUUUGCAAACAGUGUUAAGAGUUAUGCUAGAUUGGUAAUAUUUUUUCAGCCUAAAAUAUAUUAAAAAAAAAUCUGUGAUCACAAAUGUUUUAAACUAUCUAAAGAGAAAAUUUGUAUAUUUGGGGGAAGAAAAUAAUUUUUACAUAGCUUUUGUAUGCAGAUAUUAAAAUGUAAUUAUGAAUAUAGUGGGCAUAGAUAACUGUGUAAGCUUAAAUUCUAAAAAAGAAAAAGCUUAUA